AUGAGUGACGAAGAAAUUAUUCUUGAUGAUGACUUUGGAGAAGCUGGUGGCGAUGAUGGCGAUAAUGGUGAUCCAAUAGAUGACGGAGAUAACGAAAAUGAACAUGAAAGAUCUCCUGAAUCUUUGUAUGAAGACGCAAAAGACAACAUUAGUCUAUUAGAUGACUCAGAAGUUAUAGAUAUGUUCUUAAAUCUAUACGCUAAAAUCAAAGAUAACCCAGAAUAUACCAAUAUUAAGACAAAAUCACUUUCACAUGCUUUAUUGUUACUUACACAGAACGAUGAUAACCAGAAAACAGCCGAAAUCCUUACCGAAUUCCUUGAGCUUGCUAACAAUAACGAAAUCUCCUCAAAAAGGUUCAAUAAUCGUUAUCAAGCUGCUUUAUCCCAUAGUUUGCACAACGAGUCCACGUACAAGACUUUUUUGGAAGUCUCGACAUCCAAGAUGAGCAACAACCAGAACAUGAUUCUCUUUCUGGACAUAAAAUUACGACAAGUCGAAUUAAUGUUGUCUACAGGAAAUGAGCAAGGUGCCAUUUCCAUUAUCGAAGAUGCCCAACAGUACAUUCCAAUUCCACCAAAUUCAGAGGAUAAAGAUAUGUGUAACGUUGCAUUAAAAUUAUUGUCAAUUCAAAUGGAGAUGUCUCUUGCGGAAAGUGAUAUACAAAAAGCUAUCGGAUACUACGACCUCAUUUGUCAGAUACCAAACGUUUCUAAGCCAACUUUACGCAUAUCUGGAUUGAAUAAACUUACAGAGGGUCUACAGUUAUUCAAAAGCGGAAAAUACUUAUCAGCUAAGGACAUACUCUUUGAGUCCUUCAAAGAUUUUAACAACGUGGGCAACGACAGGCGACUUUUAGUACUUCCUUAUUAUACUCUUGCUCUUAUGAUGACUCAUGAGCGUUCGAUCAACACAUUCAACAAUCCGGAGCUCCAUGUUUACAAGAACCAUCCUAAAGUGGCUCCUUUGGCCCAAUUAUACGACGCAUAUCUUAAUUCUAACUAUUUGGAGUUCCUGAGUAAAGAAGAAAGCGGGAAAUUAUCAUUUACUGACAGUUUCUUCAUAGAGAAAUUGGAUGAUGUUAAAUUAUUUGUCUUAAAAUGCAACGUUUCGGUUUUGGCAAAGCCAUACUCUAGGAUAUCUAUAGAAAGCAUUGCAAAGAUGCUUAAAGCAGAUCCAAAUGAAGUCAAAAAUGUCGUUUUCGAACUGAUCGAAGAAAAUCCAAUAAAACCACCAGAAGAACAGUUCAACAUGAAAUACGAUGAUGUAGAAAACACGAUUGUUAGAUCAAAUUCAUUUGUUCCAGACAACAUCACUGCUUCCACCACUCAACUGCUUUCUGUAGUUGAGAAACUUGCUGACAACUUACUCAACAGAAGUAUAUCAAUGAUUACUGAUUAA